AUGGUUCUCCUAUACGGCACGGGCGGUGCGACCGCCGCCUUGACGGUGGUUGGCUUGUACAUGCUGUUUAACGGCGAGGGCGAAGCAUUCAACGUCGGACGGUUCCUCGAAUCCCUAUCGCCAUACACCUGGGCGACUCUGGGCAUCGGCCUGUGCAUUGGUCUCUCCGUUGUAGGAUCUGCAUGGGGCAUUUUCACAACCGGUGUGUCCAUCGUCGGUGGUGGUGUCAAGGCUCCUCGGAUACGAACGAAGAAUUUGAUCUCGAUCAUCUUCUGCGAAGUCGUUGCCAUUUACGGCGUCAUCAUGGCCAUUAUCUUCUCCUCCAAGCUCCAGCACGUUUCGGACCAAGAGAAGCUUUACUCUGGCUCCAACUACUUCACCGGUUACGCUUUGUUCUGGGCUGGAUUGACUGUCGGCAUGUGCAACUUGAUUUGUGGUGUCUCUGUUGGCAUCAACGGAAGUAGUGCAGCGUUGGCUGAUGCCGCUGACCCUGCGCUUUUUGUCAAGAUUCUUGUUAUCGAAAUCUUCAGUUCCAUCCUUGGAUUGUUCGGUCUCAUCAUUGGCCUGCUCAUGCAGAGCGCAGCAAAGGACUUCGACUGA